CCCAUUUCAUUUCCCAAAGUAGGCCCAGACCCAUAUAACUCUGCUUUUCUCUCAGUUUAGGGUUUUGUGUAGAAACCAUAACAAAGCUUCCACAUUCUACCAAGUUUUCUCGCGGCGAUUCAAGACCUUCGAAAUGGCUGGAGUCAAGGUAUAUGAGCUGAGACAAAAAACAAAACAAGAUCUUCUGAAUCAAUUGAAGGAUCUGAAAGCCGAACUUGCUCUCCUUCGCGUCGCGAAGGUCACCGGAGGUGCCCCAAAUAAGCUCUCCAAGAUCAAAGUUGUUCGGCUCAACAUCGCACAGGUCUUGACUGUGAUUUCACAGAAGCAAAAGACAGCAUUAAGGGAAGCUUAUAAGUCCAAGAAGUACUUGCCGUUGGAUCUCCGUCCCAAGAAGACAAGAGCUAUUAGAAGACGCCUCACUAAGCAUCAGAGCUCCUUGAAGACAGAGCGUGAGAAGAAGAAGGAAAUCUACUUCCCAGUGAGAAAGUAUGCCAUUAAGGCGUAAUGUUGGACCCUUUCUUUUGCAUGAAUUUCGAUUUGUUGUUGGAUAUUGUUCUAGAUAUUUGGUGUUGUGUUCUACUUUUGUUUCCUUUUGAGUUUAACUUAUCUUCAUGAAAUGGAAUUAUAAGUACACUUGUUCUGUGUUUUUUUCUUCUCAUUCCAGUUUCAGAUUAUCUAAUGCUUAA